AUGGACGGGGGGGAUACACGCGUCGUGGACCUUAUCAACAAAGCCAAGGUGGAAGCCAAGGAGCAAAAAAUACACCUCCUAGCCCAGGUGAAGGAGAUUUGCUUCAACCGCGACAGAUCGUUGCUGCCGGAGGUGAUCCCAAUGGUGGCCGAGUUUCAGACGGACUUCAACGCGAAUUGUCGCAAGUUCGUAGCAUCGUUCCUGCGAGAGGUGGUGAGAUCGCACCCGGAGCACGUGGGCCUGGUGGUCCCCGUGGCGUCCUUUCUCAUGCACGACAGCAACACCAGCGUCAAGAAGGUGGCUAUUCUCCUGGCGAACACGACGUACAGACCUGCUUUGCAGCGAUUGGUGGACAACGGCAGCGUGAAAGGUGCUCAGCAGGACUGGUCGGUGCUGGAAGGGCUUAGGAAAGCGGUGCUCAACACCAUCAACUCAGGCCCCGCGGACAUUUCCAUGGUGGCCAUCAAGUUUGCGGAGAGCGUCGUCCUCGCGUGUGUCGGGGGGCGGGGACUAGGUCCCACUGCCUCCCGCGGGGGGGACAAGUCUGUCCAGCGAGACCUAAGCCCCUCGCACCCCUUCCUCCUCGCUGACACCCUCGAUCAAGCCGGCCAUGCGCUGGCGAGACAGAUGGUAGGAUGGCUAGGCAACGGCGGCGGUGCGGCGGCGGCGGCAGCGGCGGCGGCGGGGGGGGGGGGGGCGAGCUUCGGGGCGCAACACUAUUCCCUCCUGAUAAACGCGCUGCAAAACCUGGCCACCAAUCGCGCCGCCUUGUUCGCCGACAUUGUCCCGGCCUUGGCUGCGGCGCUGGAAAGCGUCAACGGCGGGGGGGCGGCGGCCGCGGCCGACGGGGUGGGCCCCGCGCCCAAGGGGCUGCAUGACGCCGCGAGCUCACUCAGGAGUGCCUGUCUCCGGCUGCUCAAAGUCGCCCCCGGAGCGAGCAGGAGCGUGCAGCGUUUGGCGACGGCCGCGGCGUUGUCGGGGUCGGACGGGGAGGCGAAGGCUGCGGUGGACGGCAACUCGACGCUCCGGGGACGAAUAAAGCUCCCCGCCCGUCCGAGGGAACGGCCAAAGGCAGCCCGAGCAGCCCUCACGGCGAGGAACCGACGCGAUGUGGCGGAGCUCGCCACGUCUUCGGCCUCCAAGGGCAAGAUGCCCCACCCACCGCCUCCGGGCUACAAGCAGAACCGCACGAAGGGCUUCCCUCUCGGUGACCUCGACACCCUCCUAGGCCACGUCUUGAACGCCCUCGGCCCAGAACUAGCCACGGCUAAGAACCGCCCCCCUCCAGAGGACAGCGGCGGCAGCAGUGGCGCCGAGGCCGUGGGGAGCAAAAGGGCGCGGGGGUCGACAUCGGGUGAUGAGGGCGGGGGGAAGAGGAGAUCCGGGGAUGGCAGCGCCAGGGCAGUAUCGGCGCCGGAACCGGUUAGGUCUACGAUGGAAGUGGACACGGUGGACAAGGGUGGUGGUGCCAAGCAGCCACAGAAAGUUCUUGGGGGAGCGGGGGGCAAGCGUGAGGAGGCGAGGGCGGCGCCCCGGGCGGCGGCGCCCCCGGCGGCGACACCCCCGGCGGCGACAGCGCCCGCGGCGACAGCGCCCGCGGCGGCAGCGCCCGCGGCGGCAGCGGCUCCUUCCGACCCCGGGCGGGAGGGGUUGGAGACGUCGAAGAAGGCGUUUCGUAGGGUAUUGGGUGUGUGGGAAGGGGUCGCGAUGGAAGGGAAGCGGGGUCUACACCAGGGGGUGGUCGCACGGCUGGGGAGGAUGCUGGCGGAGUCGGAGGCGACCGCGCUAGCGAAAGGGGCGAAGACCUCCGAAUCGGAGAUGGUAGUCGCGGAGGUGGUCGAAUUCAUGACCAAGGACUACCGGAAACGCUUCAAGGCGGCCUUGGCGCUGCUGACGGACAUGUACGUCGCCGACGUGGCCGCCGCCGCGGCCGCCGCCGCGGCAGCCCAGGCGGCGAAGCAGGAGAAGGGGAAGGCGAUCAGCAGGCGGGCCGCCGCAAAGAAGCCGCCGAGGGGGUUCGACUUGUACGACGGGGCGCUCCUGCGGCUGCUGACCGCAUUGUCGGGGUCGCUGGAGGCGACCUGGCGGCAGAAGCUCUUCACCCAGACCCUGCUCGAGUGCCCCCGAGUUCCGCCGGCGGCGCUGGAGCUGGUGUGCACUCUCUGCGACAUAGCCGCACACCCCCACGACGUGCAGACCGGCCUGGUGGCCCUGAAGGAUCUGAUCUUUCACAAGCCGGCGACGAGGGGGGUGUGCAUCCCCAGCGUCCUCCGCUUCACGCACCACUCGGACAACGACGUCAGGACGAAGGCCGUGCGGUUAACUUCCAACCUGCUGUGGAAAGACCCGGCUUUUCAGACCACCAUCGAGACCUUCGCCAAGCAGGCUCUCGCCAGCGUGCGUCCUCCAGAGGUGAACAAGGUGGAGAAGAAGGUGAAAGAAGAAGUCAAGCCACCGGAACCGGUCCCCGAGAAGACUGAAGAAGCAAACGAGGAAGACUUGCUAGACUUCGAGGGCGAAGAGGAGGAGGAGGAAGAAGAGGAAGAGAAGGAAGAGCCAAAGGACAAGGCUCCCGCUACACCACCCGCGCCCGCGCCCGUGUCUGCCCCCCCGCCCGACGCAACCCCCGGCGGCGUCCCGCCAGCGGGGCCGUGGCUGGCGCCGCCAGACACGGCGGCCGCGGCGAGGGUGCGACUCUCCCUGUACUUCGCCCUCUGCGUCAAGUCUCGGCCGAUGCUCUCCGGGCUCCUCGAGGCCUACGUAACCGCCAUCCCCGCGGCCAAGGACGGGCUCAAGGCGGAGCUGCCGUUGCUGGCGAGGGCCGCGGCUAAGGGGUUCGGGGAGGCGGGGGUGGUGGGGCUCGUGGCGGCGUCGCCGGUCGGGGCCAAGCCGUUGGCCCUGCUGAUGCUGGACCUGCUCGUGCCCAGGGACACGAACAAGCCUUCUCCGGAGAUGGUGGCUGCGGUGCGGCGGCUGCGAGAGACCCGACUUCUCGCGGAAGCGGAAGCGGAAGCGGUGGUGAAGGAGGAGGAGGAGGAGGUUGGCAAGGUGGACGAGCCUAGUGCCGCAACCGGCGUGGAGUACAUCGUACCGAUACUCGGUGGCUUGGGACGAGAGGGUGUCAUGGCAGAACUGCCAGCCUUGUUGCAGGCUAGCGACGGUGUGAUCAGAGCAGCGUUCAGACGGCUGACACAGCCGGCUAAGGGAGCGACGUACAAGCCGGCGGAGCUGGUAGUGGUGCUGAACCAGUCCGAUGCAAGGGUGCCCAUCAAGAACCUCACGCGCGCGCUUUCGCUGUGUCUCGAGAACAAGGCGGUGUACAACUACCCCGUGCUGCGCGAGGCCCUGAACGUGAUGUCGCAAGUCCCGACCGCCGGUCAAAACGGCGGCGGCGUCAAGCAGAUCCCGCUGCUGCUGAUGCGCACCGUCAUGGUCUCGGUCGCGACGUUCCCCGAGCUGAAGAACUUUGUGGCUACGGUGGUGCUGGUGCGCUUGGUUCAGCAGCAGGUGUGGACGUCCGACGGUCUCUGGAAAGGCUUUUUGCGGUGCGCCAAGAUGAUGGCCAAGGAGUCGGGGGCGACGUCUUUCAUCGCCAUGGUGCAGCUGCCGGAGAAGAAGUUGAAGGAGGCUCUCGCCAAUCCUCUCAUGAAGGGGUUGAAGGAGCCGUUGCGACGGUACGCUCAGACGUUGGUCAAGGUAGACCCAGGAGUUAGGGCGGUGCUUGGAAUGGAAACGGGAGCACGAGAAGCUGCCACCAAGAAAUGAGGGGGUCGUUUCGCCAGGGUGGAAUUUUUGCGAAGUUUGUUUGCGUUCGACGAUCGUUAUUAUCGUACGUGUCCUCACGCACAGGCUCUGGUUGGUCAGAUUUUCGAGGCGGAAUCGUGGGAGCUGGGUGCCCUGAGAGCUGAGGUGUGGUGUCUGGCGUGCUGUAGCCCUCGAACGAUUGCAGGCAGGAGCUUGGGAGAAUUGUUGCCUCUGUCUGUUGGUCGUGAUGGUUGUUUUUCUGUCUCUCGCGUCUCUUUCCUGAAGCCGUCCGGGCAAUGAGGUGGGCUUGGUUUUGGCGAGAGGGCACUUUGUUCCCGAUUUCAUUUCAGGUAUUGAGCGAGCCACCGCUAAGACCUUUGCACUCACCUGCUAUCGAAGUGUUGUUUCACUAUUUAGACCUGCCUCGGAAUCGUCGGAGAUAGCCAUAGAGAAGGGUCGACGUCAGCAUUCGUACGAAUACAACCAGGAUUCAACUAUU